AUGUGGGGUAGACUCGGACCCAUCUCAAGAUGUCCCCAAGACAGUCUAGCUUUAAAACCUGACUACCUCUUCGAGCUUGCCCAGAUCUUUCCGCUUUUCAAACAAGGAGGUAAGCUAGGUCGUAGGCUGGCUGUCAUUGCUUUGAGCUUCCCAACAUUUUACAACCUACGAUUCUCCGAAAGUGGUCAGCUUUGGAGAUGUCUAUCUUGCAACAAACCUUCCUGUAGUAUGGAGAUGGUUGAAAUUGUGAUUCCAAAUCUUGAGCGAAUGCGAGUGCCAACAUCGGUCCUCCAACCCCGCCCUGCUGUUUUCUUUACGUCAAUUGACACCACGCAUAACACUACUUCGACCUUCCGAAUCAUGGCUUCAAACAAUCUGCCUAGGACCUCUAGUAAUGCCGACGAAGAGAAGGAAGUCGUAGGGUUUCAUGAACAUGCUCCGUCUCCUGAUUUACCUCUAGACCCAGAUGCGGAUUUGAGCGACGCGGAAAAGGCUGAUAUUCUUUGUGUUCUUUACCUACUCGCUUUCCUUGAUCGUACGAACAUUGGAAAUGCAAAGAUUGGCGGUUUACAGAAAGACCUGAACAACAUGUCGACUGGGAUGUAUAACGCCGUACUAUCCAUCUUCUUCGUCUCAUAUGCACUCUUUGAACCUAUUACGAACGUGAUGCUUAAGAGAUUUCGCCCAUCCAUAUUCGUACCAAUCAUUAUAAUUUCCUGGGGCUUGUGCAUGACGUUCAUGGGCCUUGUCGAGAAUUGGUCUGGCCUAAUGGCCGCCCGGUUCUUCCUUGGUGCCGCGGAGGCGGGGUUAUUUCCAGGAAUCAGUUAUUACUUAUCCUGUUGGUACAAGCGAUCGGAGUUUGGUGUUCGAAUUGCAAUUUUCUUUUCCGCUGCUGCUGUAUCUGGUAGUUUUGGUGGACUUCUCGCCGCGGCUAUCGUGAAGAUGGACGGUAUUGGUGGAUUUCAUGGAUGGGCUUGGAUUUUUAUCCUGGAAGGAAUCAUUACUGUUCUGGCCGGAGUCGCUUCGUUCUGGCUGGUUCAUGAUUUCCCUGAAAGCGCCAGCUUCCUUUCUGAAGUCGAACGAAACAGGGUCAUCCGUCGCUUGCGAGUCAAUCAACAAGCCGCAGGGCAUGAAGCCUUCAGCUCAAAAUUUAUUUGGCAAGCAUUCAAGGAUUACAAAAUGUGGAUCGCUAUGAUAUUAUAUGCGGGAUGUUGCAUGCCGCUAUAUGCGUUUUCUCUAUUUCUUCCUACCAUUAUCACUCAACUUGGCUACACAACAACCAGAGCCCAGCUCCUCUCCGUUCCACCAUAUGUGGCUGCCGCUAUCUUGACGGUUGCGAUUGGAUUUAUCGCUGAUCGUACAUGCCAACGAGGCUUCUGUAAUAUCAUCGUGUCUUUUCUUGGUAUUGCCGGUUUCUCCAUGCUCCUAGGUAGCGAAGAACCGGGUAUUAAAUAUGCCGGAACUUUUCUCGGAGCUCUUGGUAUCUAUCCUUGCAUAGCUAACAGUAUCUCAUGGGUCUCCAAUAAUAUUGAAGGCUCCUACAAGCGAGGUGUUGUCUUGGGAAUGAUGAUUGGCUGGGGUAAUUUGUGUGGUAUUAUCAGUUCGAACAUCUAUUUUGACAAACCCAGAUUUAUUUACGGCCACUCUAUUGUUAUUGCUUUCAUGGUUCUUUUCUUGCUGGGUGGAAGUGUCUUGAUGCGUCUCUUAUUGGAAAGAGAAAAUAACAAGAGAAUCAGGGGUGAGAGAGAUGUGUGGGUUCAGGGGCUCAAUGAGAGCGAGAAGACGGCUCUGGGAGACAAGAGACCAGAUUUCUUGUAUACUUUGUAA